GGGUUACCUUCAGGAAGCUCCUGGUCUCGUUCCUCAAGACGCUCUAUGCAUGCUUGCGGCAUUUGAAGACUUUAGGUCAAGUGGCAUACUACCUAGCAAGAUCCACAUAGAGAGCAGAUCUGGGAUAGGCAACAUUUUUUUUGUUUUUAACCAUAGUUACGUCUUCCUAAAGAAAAUAGUGACAUGGCUGAAAUAACUGCCAAAAUUGAAGAGCAACUCUCAAUCGGGGCGCUGUACGUCUCUGAUAAGGAAGGAAAUGAUCAAGAUGCUGAUGGGACAGAAGAAAAACCUUUUAAAACCGCCCUAAAUGCAUUGAUGUUCUUUGGAAAGGAACCAUUUCCAACAAUCUAUGUGGACUCUCACGCAGAGGGCGAGCGCUGGGUAACGAUCUCAAAGACCCAGAUGAAGAAUGUGAAGAAACUGUGGAACAGAGACCAGAUGAAAAAUACUACUAAAAGCAAAAAGGAGGCUGAAGAUUCAGACCGAAGGGAGAAAAACUUGGAAGAAGCGAAGAAGAUAAUCAUUGAGAGCGAUCCCAGUCUUCCAGAACCGAAAACGGCUAAAAUCUAUGAACUGGAGCCUUACCGAGGGCAAAGGGUGAAGGUGUUUGGUUGGGUUCAUCGGCUGCGCAGACAAGGAAAGAAUCUGAUGUUCUUAGUGCUGAGAGAUGGGACUGGCUUUCUCCAGUGUGUCCUUUCUGACCAGCUGUGUCAGACCUAUAACGCCCUGGUCCUGUCCACUGAAAGCACCGUAGGCUUGUAUGGAACUCUGACACCUGUACCUGAAGGAAAACAGGCACCAGGGGGUCAUGAGCUUCACUGUGACUUCUGGGAGCUGGUGGGCCUGGCACCGGCAGGGGGAGCUGACAACCUGGUGAACGAGGAGUCUGAUGUGGAUGUGCAGCUCAACAACCGGCACAUGAUGAUCCGUGGGGAGAGUAUUUCCAAGAUCUUGAGGGUGCGGUCUACUGUCACCCAAUGCUUCAGGGACCAUUUCUUCAACCGAGGAUACUGUGAGAUUACUCCACCAACAUUGGUGCAGACACAGGUUGAAGGCGGCUCAACUCUUUUCAACCUGAACUACUUUGGAGAAGAGGCAUACUUGACCCAAUCCUCCCAACUAUAUCUGGAGACCUGCAUCCCUGCACUUGGGGAUACCUUCUGCAUCGCCGAGUCUUACCGAGCUGAGCAGUCCCGCACCCGCAGACACCUGUCUGAGUAUACUCAUAUCGAGGCAGAGUGCCCCUUCAUUUCUUAUGAAGACCUCCUGACCCGCCUGGAGGACCUGGUGUGUGACGUGGUGGACAGAGUGCUGAAGUCCCCAGCUGGCCCUCUGCUCUAUGACCUCAACCCUGACUUUAAACCUCCGAAGAGGCCAUUCAAGAGGAUGAACUACACAGAUGCAGUCGUGUGGCUGAAAGAACAUGACAUCAAGAAGGACGAUGGCACCUACUAUGAGUUUGGAGAGGACAUCCCAGAAGCGCCAGAGAGGCUGAUGACUGACACCAUUAAUGAGCCCAUCCUGCUGUGCCGUUUCCCCACGGAGAUCAAGUCAUUCUACAUGCAACGAUGCCCUGAGGACCGCAGACUCACCGAAUCGGUUGAUGUGCUGAUGCCCAAUGUUGGAGAGAUUGUUGGAGGGUCAAUGCGUAUCUGGGAUGCUGAAGAACUGCUGGAGGGAUACAAGAGGGAAGGCAUUGAUUCAACCCCAUACUACUGGUACACUGAUCAGCGCAAGUAUGGGACAUGCCCACAUGGGGGAUAUGGCCUUGGGCUAGAGAGGUUCCUGACCUGGCUACUGAACAGACACCAUAUCCGGGAUGUGUGCCUCUACCCCCGUUUCAUCCAGCGCUGUCGCCCCUGAACUACCCUGACAUUUAUUUUAUUCAAAUCUGUUAGAACUGCUUAAAAUGCUAUUAGAUCAGUGAGUCCACUAGACUGCAAAAAAUGUGUAAAAAUCUAAAUAAAACUGGGAAUGCUGCAAGUUCAAAUUGUCAGUGUUUAGCAAAAUAUCAAUCUACCAAUAAAUCCACAGAAUUGAUGUCUCA